CGACGAGAUGCAAAUCCAACAAGAUCUGCUAAUUCACAAAUGAAAAACUGGUGAGUUGAAGAGUGAGAGGAAGAAGGGAGGGCGAGGCGAUGGUGGGGCUACUUGCUGCACGAUCGGAGGAAGCUCACGGCGCCGACGGCCUGGUCGGAGAUGAACGCGGGUUCUCCCUGAAGAACCCGAUUCCAGCAGACCUCAAGGUGAAUGCGAGGACCUUUGCGGCUCUGGCUCCCCCGCUUCUCCGCCUGCCUGGUUCGACCUUGCGGAAGACGCGUCAUGUCGGUCUCGCACAAUUACAAUAACAAAAACGAAUCAUCGUUGAUGAUACCAAAUCGACACGGAUAUUUUGGAUCGAUCAAAACCUAGGCGAGAAAGAACACGACCUAAUCGCAGCGUAGGACUGGGAAUCUCAGAAUCAAGAAACGCAAGAAGGAGAAGGAUGGGGAGGCAUAGUUUCCGGAGGAGAGUCCGGCACAAGAAGUCGGGAAGAAUAGGGAUUGAAUUGGAUAUUUGGAGAAAAUAUAGGGUGGGAGACUCCGAGAUCGGAGGCGGGACGGCGAUGAGAAGGAGAAAGGGAACGAUAACUUUGGUGAAGCGAGCGCUUGGGGCUGCAGUGCAGUAUAUAUAGAACGGUCGCGGUGGUCGAACUGGCGCGCCUCGUCCGCAUCCUCCUGUCCAAAAUAUGACUGCUGCUGGCAUAUUACCGAACACCACAGCUGCAGCCUCGAUAACCUUCCGAGCUCUGAUGAGAGCACCACUAGUUCGAUUUUCUUCUUUCUGCUCCACCCUUCGUGACUCCCCCUUCGCCGCUUCACCUCGUCCAUUCCACGCCUCCUCCACUUCAUCCCCACGGCUCCCCAAAACCCCCUGCUUCCAAAGACUCUCCUUUUUCCUUCAAUACCUCUCUAAAACCCCCAGCGACCCCAGAUCCCUUGCCGCCCUCGAUUCCGCCCUCGCCGAAGCCCACCUCCUCGACUCCACCGCCUCCGUCCUCCUCAUCCGCGCCCUCUCCCGACGCAAGAAGCUCACCAGAGCGAAGUCUGUCCUCUCUGGCCUCAAGCAGCGCGGCAUCGUCCCCGACCUCUUCCUCUACAGCCUCGUGCUCCAAUGCCUGCUCCCGGAAUCCCCCAUCCGCGACGUCGAAUCGGUUUGGCAUGACAUCAAAGGGGGAGGCCCCGAUGGGAUCUCCGGCGCUUCGGAUUUCUUCAUCGGUCUCUGCCGGCGCCGCGUUGACGCGUCUGAGAUCGAGCAAGUCUAUCGCAGGGUUUCGAGGAGCCGGUGGAGUUUGAGUAGGCAGAGGUACAUGGCCUUGAUUGGUGCUUUCUGUCAGAGUAGCUGCCCGAAUCCGAGUUUGGCUAGAGCUGUUCUGAGGGAAAUGGAGGAGAAGGGAUUUGAAGCAGAUGAAUUGACUUACUUUGCUAUCUUCCGCAGCUUCUGUCGAGUUGGGAACGUCUUCGAAGCUGAUUUGGUUCUCAGGAGCAUGGUGGAUAGGUGGAACUGUAAGCUUGACAUACUGAUCUACGGGAAUUUCUUGUAUGGGUUGUGUAAGUCGGGUAAGUUGCGAGAAGCGCGCAAGUUGUUCGAUAAAUUGUUGAGGAAAGGCCAAAACAUCAAAGAUAGCUUGAUUCCAGUGCUAAAGCCAGGAAGGCGAGUCAUCUUCCAACUGAGCUCCACCAAGUUGAUUUCUGAAAAGGUGGCAUUUGGGGCGUACUUCCAAUCGCUUUGUAAAACAGGGAGAGUUGAAGAGGCUGAAAUGCUCUUGAAAGAGGCAACAGAGAAGAACAUUCCGGUGGAGACCCGCGUUUAUGUGUCAUUCAUAGGGGCCUUGUGCCGGGCUGGUAGAGCAGAAGAUGCGGUCGAGUUUUUAGAUCUCGAAAAGAAGAAACAAAGUGUAUCUGUUGGUGAUAUCACUGUUGCUGUGAUAGCAGGUCUCUGCAAACUAGGCCAGGUUGAUGAUGGAUAUAGGCUUCUCUUGGAGAUGGUAAAUGAGGGAGUUUCUCCAACUGCUCAAGUUUGUAAUUGGAUUCUAAAAAGCUAUUGGGAAGCAGGGAGGAUGGAGGAGGCAAUUGGCCUUUUUGAGAAGUUGAGGGUUGGGAAUUGUGGUGGUUGUGUUAGGCCCAAUGCAUCGACAUAUUCUUUGAUGAUCCAUGGCCAUCUGGGGAGGGGGGAUAUUGCGAUGGCUGUCUCUUUCGUUGAGCAGAUGGAGAGGGAGAAGAUGCAAGUAGAUGUUGGCUUGCACACAUCUGUUGUUCGAAGUUUAUACACUACUGGAAAACUUGAGGAGACACAUCAUUACAUGAACAAAAUGAUUGAAAGUGGGACUAUAGUUUCAUAUGCUGAAUGGGAAGAGUUCGUGAAUUCCAUGACAAUGAGAAUCGAGGAUAUCUAUACCUUGAAGUCGGUAACAGAGAUUAGAGGCCAUUAGAGGAACAUAGAAACGAAAUUUGUGGUUGCCUAUAAUGCAAGAAUUUUGAGGUAAUGGAACAAGGUCCCAUAUUAGAACUAGUUGCGAAUGCAAUAUUUACAUUAUUGAUACUGAUCUUAAUUGACUGUGAUGUUGAAACCACAUCUGGGCUGGUACAAAUUACCAGCUGAUGAUCAUUGAAUAACUUUUCUUGAUUCUGAUCUUAAUUGACUGUGAUGUUGAAACCACAUCCGGGCUGGUACAAAUUACCAGCUGAUGAUCAUUGAAUAACUUUUCUUGGUGAUCAUUGCUCGUGCGGAAUGCCCAAAAGAAGUGUACCAGCAUUCAUUUGCAGGAUGAUAUCAUGAAGUGAUUGUCAAGGCAUGUUAUGCUUGCAGCACAUGUUCUUCAUCACUUGAUUAUGGACAAUGAGUGUCUGCUGAUCUUGAUAUAUGGAACUCCUAUUGGCAGAAAAUGCACAUUGAAGUCGAUUCAGCUUGUUCUGCUAGGUGGGGAGUUUUUCUAGUACUCUACCAGUACCCUGCAUAUGAAAAUGAUUUGUUUUAGGAUCUUUCUUAAAUACAAUGCAAGGUAUUGCUUCUUGAUUCCGUUAUGUUAUACAAAUAGCUCUCUCACUUUCUCUAGUCCUGCUCUCUCAGUCCAUUAUAAGACCAAACUUGUUCCAAGGGACUAUGGAUAUAUCGUAGCUGCAGUUGGUUUUCAGAUUAAUUGCGAAAACAGGUUAAACUAGCAACAAAAUUUCCUGUAAAUGAAAAGGAUCACUCUGCCGAUUUGGAAUGCAACAGUCACAGCUUGACAUGUACAGGCAUAAAUGCAUAUGUAUCAUCAGGACACUGGUUCAUAGACAUAAUUUUGAAGUCAGACAAGAAUUUCCUCAAAGAUGACCUUCAUUUAAUUCAGAUGCUAUUUGUGUCUCUCAAGCUCAUGCUACAAUCAUAUAGGGGAUGGAGGAACAAACAAUCAAAUUAUUAUUUUCUUCAAUAUUAAAGGUUUGAUGUA